AAUCCUCAGAGAAUUUUUAUUCAUGAUAGGAGAAAAGGGAGAAGAGAAAAAAAUCCCAGGGAGUUUCUAUUCAGAAUCGGCUUAACUCCGUACACUGACAUUUAUUUUAUCAGCAAACAAAAUGCGUGGCAACAUUGACACGAAUUUGUUCAGAAAGUAUAAGAAAAAACAAGGAAGCAACGAAACAUCGAAGAAAGAAUAGAGCGAAUAAAGAUCGGACAUCGGACAUCGCAGCGUCGCUGAAGGCCAAAAUUCCACAGUAGCAUCAAAAGAUAUUGAAGACCACAGUAUAAUACACCUAGACGCGUAUAGAUUUCACGCCCACUCUGAGCAGUGGAGAGUGCAGUGAAAAUAUAAAAUGUAUACACGCGAUACAGAAUUGCGGCGACUGCAAUCUAAUGAUGUAAACCGGCUGGCUGAAACACUGGGGUUCGAUGGUGGGCGAAAAUUGAUGGAAACUAUACCCAAAAAUUGGUCAACUCAAGAUGCAUCCAAUAUCGGAGAUUCCGUAGGACGAGGUAGCCAUAAAUGGAACGGUUCAAGUGUGGUUGAAUUGAAGUAUAAGCCCGAACAAAUACGUCUAAUAGAAGAAGCAACCAAGCAAACAAGUGGGUGUUAUUUUGCGGAGAUAUUGAUUCAAGAAUGGAGUACAAGUGGACGUAAACACGAGCGCCCAACGGUUGGCCUACUAUUACAAUUGCUGAUAAAGGCUGACCUCUGGAAUGCAGCAGAUUUUGUGGCAGAGCAUUUUCUUAACGAACCGCUGCCCGAGCGCCCAUUAGAAGGACCUGGAGCUAAAGUAGACAUAUCCAUACCUACGGAGUGUUUAGGUAGUGUGGCGGACUUUGUUAAUGACUCCAUCGGCUACCCAGACACAGAAACACUCAAUGAUAAUGCUCAUCGUGUAGAUAGUGUUCCAGAUCACAAUCGAGAUUAUUAUACGAAAGUUCCGUUCUUUAGUAAGGAUAUGAAUGGUACGGCUCCAAAACCACCACCACGAGCGCAACGAAUCGCACGUAAACAAAACUUACAAAACCGCCAACAACAACAGUUGCAACUACAAAAUCAACAACCACAAAUUAACAACGAAGCUGACACAGCGGAGCCUGUUGAUGGUACCAAAAAGAAUCACGGCCACGAAAAAGGUGAUGUACCAAAUUUGCAACAAAAUUGCCAUUUGUCUGUUAGUAAUACUAUGUCGGCACAUAAUAUACCAGAAUUAAGCGACUUGCUUGAGUUUAAUAGUAGUAAUCACUCAACUGCUAAAUCGGAGGAGCUGAACAGGAUCCCCAUGCUUACGCUUCUGGAUUCCAACAUCGCCAGCGCAUCAGGUGAACUUAAAGACGCGCCAAUCGUCGCUUCGACAUCGAAUGCUGCGGCGACGUUGUCGUCAGAAAUUGGUUCUGGCGGUAGUCUGCCCCUUAUCACUGAACUCAAUUUGAGCACCAACAGUAGUGUAGCUUUGAAUGGUGUGGGAAAUAACUUUAGUUCAAAUCAAUCACGGCAAAUUACAACACCUUCGCCAAAUGCUCUAAGCGACGAUAGUCACUGCAGUAGUCUAAGCAAUGAUAGCUUUGACGAUGAUGGCCAAAAUGAAUAUAACGGUAUAAACAUGUCAGAUGUUGGUAAUGUUGAUGCAGAAUUAGAUGGAAACUCAGGUGAUCAAAGUUUGCCAUGUCUAAGUGUUUUUGGACGACAGAGUCCAGGCAAUGACUCGAGCUUGACUACUGUAACAUGCACCAGUGGGGACAAUAGCUUUGAAUUCAGUUUGAAUGAUUCGAGUUCGACUUCUACAACCGACCCCACAGCUCAAUGGAAAUAAGAUGUUUCGUAUGCUGCGGCACGCAUGUUAAAAAUAAGAUAAAAGCUAGUAUAAGCAUGUAUGUAUUCCAAAUGAUUUGCAUAAUUUAACAUAUGUUAAAGUUUACAAGGGUUUCCCUAAUGAUAUAAAACAUAUAACAUUAGAUAUUUAAAAGGGAUCAAGCACGGCAAAUCACAGUGGAUUGUAUAUAAUGUGAGAGUUUUUAAAAUUUAACUGACAACGGAAGUCUAAACAGCUUCUGAAUGAUAUAAGAAAUGUAAAUUGUAAAAUAUACCAAGUAUUUUUAAACAAAGAUGAUCCUUGUAAUGCGUUUCAUCCCUUGUUUUUUCAUGUUUAAAAAAUACAAAGUAUUUUCUACCAUUACUAUUUAAACACAUUAAGAAUAAAAACAAAAUUGUUCUAGUUAAAAAGGCAGUAGUGUAUAUCAUUCAAAUGUGAGAUUGAGUUGAACUAUUUUUAUCAACCAUAUUAUGUAAAAAUUCCCGUAAUAAACAUAAAUAAAUGCUAUAGGUUAUAUUAGUGUUAACAAAAAUAAAAAUAAAAUUAUAUUUUAUUUUUUAUACAAUUUUUCGGAAGGGGCUUAUCAUAUCAUUGGUUAAGCUGCAAAACGUUAUAUGUAUGCCAAUUGGUUUGUUAAUGUUUCUUCUGGUAAAAAA